AUGGAUUACGAAGCGCUGAAGGAUCAAUGGAGCGAUGUGGAGGACCGCGAUGGCAUCAGACUCAGUUGGAACACCUUCCCGAGCACUCGCAUGGAAGCGUCCCGCUUGGUCGUUCCCAUCGCCGCCGUCUACACUCCAUUGAAGGAAAAACCCGAUGCCCCUCUGCUACAAUAUGAGCCUGUUACUUGCAAGCAGCCCUGCCGAGCUGUUCUCAACCCAUAUGCUACUGUCGAUGUCCGCGCACGACUAUGGAUCUGUCCCUUCUGUCUGUCGCGCAACCCUCUUCCUCCGCAUUACAAGGAUAUCACGGAGAACACGAUACCCCCAGAGCUCCACCCCCAGAGCACAACGAUCGAGUACCAAUUGGCACGACCAGCCCCCGCUCCCCCGAUUUUCGUCUUUGUCGUCGAUACUUGCCAGGAGGAUGACAGUUUGCAGGCUGUGAAGGAUUCCCUCAUCAUGAGCUUGUCUCUUCUGCCACCCAAUGCGCUGGUUGGUCUGAUUACCUUCGGUACAAUGGCACAAGUUCACGAGCUCGGCUAUACCGAAUGCGCAAAGUCAUAUGUGUUCAGAGGCAACAAGGAAUACAGCGCCAAGCAGGUUCAAGAGAUGCUGGGUCUGGCCGGUGUCGUGCGCCCUGGUGUUCCCCAGCAGCAACAGCCUGCCCGUCCUCCCCUUGGCCCGGCUGCGCGCUUCCUCAUGCCUGUUCAGCAGGCUGAGUUCCAGAUUACCAAUGUCCUCGAACAAUUGCAGCGCGAUCCUUGGCCAGUGGCCAAUGACAAGCGUCCUCUGCGCUGCACCGGUGUUGCCCUAGGCGUUGCCGUUGGUCUGCUUGAAAGUUCCUUCCAGAAUGCUGGAGGCCGCAUUAUGACCUUCACCAGUGGUGCAGCCACUGAAGGCCCUGGCCACGUUGUUUCACCUGAACUCAAGGAGCCUAUUCGUUCACACCACGAUAUCGACCGCGACAACAUCAAGUACUACAAGAAGGCUGUCAAGUUCUAUGACGCUCUCGCUAAGCGCGCUGCCAACAAUGGUCACAUUGUCGAUAUUUUCGCCGGAUGUCUUGAUCAAGUCGGAUUGCUGGAAAUGAAGAACCUCUCUAACUUUACUGGAGGUCACAUGCUGCUCACAGAUAGCUUUACAUCUUCACAGUUCAAGCAAUCGUUCGUGCGCGUGUUCGACAAGGACGCCAACGACAACCUCUUGAUGGGCUUCAAUGCAUCCCUCGAGGUGCUUACGACCAAGGAACUUAAGGUUACUGGUCUGAUUGGUCAUGCUAUCUCGCUGAACAAGAAGUCAAGCUCUGUUGGCGAGACAGAAUGCGGUAUCGGUAACACCUGUGCAUGGAAGAUGUGUGGAAUGGACCCAUCUUCCAGUUACGGUAUUUACUUUGAGAUUGCCAACCAGGGCGGCCCAGCUGCUGUCCAGGCUGGUCCUCAACGGGGUGUGAUGCAAUUUUUGACAUACUACCAGCACUCCUCUGGGCAUUUCCACCUGCGGGUGACUACCACUGCCCGCCCCUUGAGCGGACCUGCGGGUGACCCAACCCUGGCACAGUCCUUCGACCAAGAGGCUGCCGCUGUCCUUAUGGCCCGUAUUGCAGUAUUCAAGGCGGAGGUUGAUGAUGGUCCAGAUGUCCUGCGUUGGGUUGAUCGCAUGCUGAUUAGACUCUGCUCUCGAUUCGCGGACUACCGGAAGGAUGACCCGACAUCAUUCCGAUUGGAAAAGAACUUCACCUUGUACCCCCAGUUCAUGUUCCAUCUUCGCCGAAGUCAGUUCCUGCAGGUUUUCAAUAACUCGCCCGAUGAAACUGCUUUCUACCGCCAUGUCUUGAACCACGAGGAUACCGGUGACUCUCUUGUUAUGAUUCAACCCACUCUUGAUUCGUACUCUCUGGAGCAAGAGGGUGCUCAGCCAGUGCUACUGGACUCCGCUUCUAUCCAACCCGCCCACAUUCUCCUCCUUGAUACCUUCUUCCACAUCCUCAUCUUCAAUGGUGAGACCAUUGCCGAGUGGAGGAAAGCUGGGUACCAUGAACAAGAGGGUUACGAGAACCUCAAGAUGCUUCUUGAGCAGCCUAAGGAAGAUGCUAGGGAUCUCAUUGCCGACCGCUUCCCCCUGCCCCGUUUCAUCGUCUGUGAUGCCGGUGGUUCUCAGGCCCGUUUCUUGCUGUCCAAGCUGAACCCGUCAACGACCCACACCACAGGUGGCUACGGCGGCGGUGUCUCAUCGCAGACCAUCUUCACUGACGACGUAUCUCUCCAGACAUUCAUGGACCACCUGAUGAAACUUGCUGUAUCUGGAACCAGCUAG